AUGCUGUUUAAUAUCUUCUUAAGUGAACUGGAUGAUGGGAUCAAGAGUACCCUGAUUAAGAUUGCCAAUGAUACCAAACUGAGUGGGGAAGUGGACACUUUGGAAGGGAGAGCCACCCUGCAGGAAGACCUGGAUAGGCUGGAAGAGUGGGCUAAGAAGAACCUUAUGAAGCUCAACAAAGAACGUCCUAUGAUGUCUCAGGAUUUGGGGCGGCCAAGAGAACCCACCCCCCAGCUCAUCCCCAAAGCCCGGGGAGGUCGAGCACAGCGUGCCACGUACCUGCUCCUGGCUCUAUGUGCUGCAGCGCUGUACCUCGCCAGCGAGCCCCUCAUGCUUAUCGCCCAUGGCCUCACAUCCCACUUUGUGGCACUGCAGAUCGGGGUGCUGCUCAAGGGCACCUGCUACCUGGCUGAGGAGAUCUUCCACCUCCAAUCCAGGUAUCACGGCAGCUUCUGGAAGGCCCUGAGUGCCUGCUUUCCCCUGCACUGGUACAGGUCCAUGGUGCUCAUCUGUGGCUUAGCCUACAUCACACUUCCCAAAGGAGAUGGGCAGCCAGUCAGCUUCCACCUCAGCACAGCCGGCAUGUGCCACCUCCUCAUCCUUGCUCUGGGGCUCCAAAAGCCCUCAGCAGUGGAAAUGUCUGAGAUGUCCGAGAGGUCCAAGCAGAAUGUCGCUCAUGGGCUUGCCUGGUCUUAUUAUGUUGGGUACCUAAAAAUAGUCCUGCCACGAGUGAAAAAGUCGAUGGAAGAAUUCACCAGAGCCAACCCCAACAUGCAGGCAUGCAGGGAGACCUGGAAGCUCCACAUCUUGGUCCCUCUGAGCUGUGAUGUCUAUGAUGACCUGGAGAAAGCUGACAGCAAUAUCCAAUACCUGACAGACCUCACUGAAACCACCCAGAACCGAGCUGGCAUCAAAAAAAGGGUCUACAAACACAGCCUCUAUGCCAUCAGGGAUGAAGACAAUAAGCCCUGGCACUGUGCAGUGGAGUAUGCUACCCCACUGCAGUCCCUCUACGCCAUGUCCCAGGAUGAGUGUGCUGCCUUCAGCCGGGAGGACCGCCUGGAGCAGGCGAAGCUUUUCUACAGGACAUUGGAGGAGAUCCUGAAAGGCUCCAGGGAGUGCGCGGGGACCUACCGGCUCAUUGUGUACGAGGAGUUGGGUGAAGCAGAGACCCACUUUUUGUCCAGAGAGAUCCUCUGGCACCUCCGGCAGCAGCGUCAUGAGGAAUAUGCCAUGUACGAGGGGAACCAGCUGCAAAACCCACCCACGACCCUCAGCUCAACAGAGCUCAACCUCCAGAUAAGCACGUCAGACCAGCCACAGCCUCUACGAAGCGACUGCUUCUAA